AUGGUGGGUUUUACGGGCUCUGUGAAGCUAAAGGUUAUUGGGGCGACGGACUUGAAACCCCCCGAUCUGGCUAAAAGAAGAACGUUUGGUGGACUCACAUCGAUGGACCCUUAUGUCUCGGUAAACGUCGAUGAUGUCCAUAUAGCACAGACGACUUCGAAACAGAAAACGUCGACGCCUGUAUGGAACGAGGAGUUUGAGAGCGAGAUAGAAAAUGGAGAGACUCUUGGAAUAACUGUAUUUCACAACGCGAUAAUGCCGCCCGACCCGUUCGUGGCAAAUUCGUCGGUUCCUUUGUCAGAGAUCAUGAAUUCUGGAGUCAAAGGAAUCUCCGAUAUCUGGGUACGGAAGGAACGCACAAUUUAUUUGAAUUUCUCUUUCAUUAAAAGGAAUUAAUUAGUCGCGAAGUUGGUUCUUUCUAAAUACCAUUUGUAAUGUCAUCUUCAGAUACCUUUGGAGCCCGAAGGGAAACUUCACCUCUACAUAGAACUCAAACCCGCCAUCCAGGGUGAGUUUUGAAUCGAUAAAACCUGUAUAUUGCUUUUUUUCAUAGCCUUUUGUAGUUUUCCCGUCCUCGAGUUGAACAGAAUUGGCACUAAUGCGUGGAUUGGGCGUAUUUGCAAAUCAAUUCGAAUAAACGUCGCUGCCUAUGUAUUUGGUUAAUGUUUUGCAAACGUAUCGAUCAAAUACUCGACGACAACUUUAACGUGUUCUGCAGACGCUGCGAAUUUGUCAGAUUUCUUAAAACAGUGACGAUCCAGGAAUAAUAAAUGCCGUGUAUUGAGUAAUUCGCUUUUCAGGGUAAUUGAGGUAAACUAACGUAUGUGUUUUGUUUUUGUUGGUUUUUUCACCUUCAUGCAGAUACCGAGAGAAGAGUUUUUAGAGAAAGACCGAGCGGCAUUAAGGGUCGAAGGGGUGCUAUGCGACGGAGAGUACACCAGAUCAGUGGUCAUAAAUUCAUGGCAGUUUGGCUGAGACAGCCGACGUACUGCUGUCAUUGCAGGGAUUUUAUUUGGUAAGAACGACUGUUAGCCCUUACUUGUUUUGCAUUGUUUCCCUUUGUGAGUUGAUUUUGCAUAAAAAGUGAUUCACGCUUUAGUUGUGUGACUAUAUACAAAAACCCCAGCCAUAUUUUAACCUACGGCAACUUUUCAAUAGGUUCUCUUAAGCCGGUCUUUGCUUGAUUAAUGUUCUCUUGCAUUUAAAUAAUGCUCUGCGUGGCAUAGACUUCCGAACACAUGUGCCUUUACAAGAUCUUACAACCCGCGGAAAUUAAGUCGUUUGCUGCAUGUCGAAGUUUGUUGAGUUCAAUAAACGCUAAUUCUUAAUACCAGUUACAAUGAGUGACAAGGCUUUAUGACUCACUAUACAGGCACGUUUGUCAUUUCUUCUCUAUCCUUCGAGUGUAUUUGUUUACCCACCAAUAUCGCAACACCUUUUUUUCGGUGUAUUAUGUACUUUUGCCGUAGUACGCUCGAUCUUUAGUGCGAAACGAAAGUCGUUUUCUUAUGUAGGUAUGUUCGUCGGGCACGCGAUUUUAACAUUGUCGAUCGUGACCUUAUUAUACCCUUUCGAAAAAGUACUGCAUUCUGCAUAAAAAGAAUGGAAGAGAGGCAAUAGAAGUAAAUUGAAUGGGAUUAAACUCAUCAAAUAUUAAUCUUAGCCACACUAGAUUUCAUGUUAUAUGUUUAGUUUAAUUUUCUCCUUUUUGUCAAUUUUUAAAGACUUUCAGUACAAGAAGAGAGUUAGACUAAAAGACAUUGUUUUGAACAUGUGUUUAUAUUCGGUUGCUUAUUUUUUGUUUUGACAAGUACAGUCGCAGUGUCUGCUUUUAGACAAGUUAUACACUUAGAUCUCAUAAUUUUGACAAAAUGUCUUUCAAAACACAUUGUUACUAAAAAAUAUCGUAAAAGUACUGAAGGAUCCAAGUCAUGUUGCCCUGUAUUAUGUUCCAAUUUAUGUUAAGUUUCGAUGAAGGGUAUGAUAACGCAUGAAUAUGGAUUUAAUUUUUUUGUGGAUCUAUUUUGACUUCACUUAAAUGCUGGACAAGACUAAAUAAAUAGAUAUAGAGAUAUAUAUUUAUGUUGCUUGCAAAGUGUGUAUAAUUUUCUCAAAAGAAUCAAUUUUACCAUAAAAUACCUUGCUCUUUGACAUUUUUUCUAAUGUAUGUAUUAUUGGCAAGAAAAAGACCUUUGCCCAUUGCUUUUCUUUUGGUCAUUGUUGUAUGCAGGGUAAUGCCAUGCAUUUACGAGAAACAGUUUGAAUUUGUGAUCUAAUUUUCCCUCUUAGUCCUCGUAAACAGUGGUUUGUUCUGGAAUUAGAUUGGUUUAUGCCAGGUGUUUCUUCUUGAGAGAUGUCCAUGCUUAGUGAUAAGGAAACUCUCCAGUGCUUGAUGUAAUUUGCUUUUCUAGUGGAAAGGUGUCUUGUUAUCACAGUGGAGACCUGUCGUUUAGAGCUUCGUAUAUCUUGAUCUUUCCACUUUCUUGAACUUGAGGGAGGUACUAACCUUUGUCUUUAGUGUAACAGCAUCAUUUUACACAGGAUAUCUUGAAAGGCUUGCUAACGAACCACAUUUGCAUAUGCCUGAGAGAAUAUGACAUUGGCAAACCAAUAACACAAAAUAAAUUGACACUCACUGGUAUCAAGUGAAAUGCCUUCAAGCGGUCUCUCCUGCCAAAUUAAAUUAAGUCUUAGAAGACUUUAAAAUGACAAGACACUCAGUUAGUUCACUGGUUUUUUAAGCAAAAUUCAUCAUACAUCUGGCUCUCUGAGAUGCAAAUUUAGUAAAGAACAUGUUUGGAAAUUGAACAACGACAUUUAGUUCAAUAUAAUGUCUUUAUUGAUUACUUGGCAAAUGUACAAGAAUGUUCAGUUUUAAGAAUCAAGGGGCUCACACUGUACACAUAAUUUUAUCAUUCAAUAUAUUCUGGUAAAACUCCAUUAUAUUUAUAAUUUUACCAUGUUUAAGAAGCAUAAAAACAAAAUUAAGGAUAUUAAAGAUUUCCCAGAUCAUGCAUUCUCAGGCUUGAGAUAUUUUGGCCAUGGCUUGUCUAUUGGUGUGUCAAAGAAUGGUCUACAUAAUCUAUGGUGCUCAUUUCCAUACCCACUGAUACAUGCUGAAAAGAAUUAUACUUUACAACAACUUCUAUUAAUCUCUAGUAAAAAAGCGUAUAUGUUUGCCAUUCUUUCUUUUAAAUUUGAAUAAGAUGUAUGAUUAACUAAUUUUUCCUUGCCUACUAGUCUGCACGUUUAAGUGAAUGUGUUUGUCAAUCUAUAGUUCUUACAGAAAGUUGGUCUGCUGGCUCAUAAGGUCUCAAGGCUAAUGCUCCACAAAAAUUGUGGGAAGCAUUAAUUCUUUCAACCUAUCAAAUCAUCUAUCCAGGAUUUAUUUUUUGGUGUAAAAUUAAGACUUCCUUGUCACCCAAAGGCAGGAGUUCAUUGCCAGGAGCUGAGCACUGCUGUUGCCAACAGGAAGAUAAUCAGUGCUUUUAUUUGGACAGGAAGCUUCAUAACCUUUUAGAGUCUUUAAGGUUGCUGUAAGACAUUAUUCUUAAAGCGACAAAAAAUGCAAUAGUUUUGGAAAUGCUAAAAAAGUGGUUACAUUGUGUAUAAGUCUUCCUGUUAUUGUGUUACAUGGAAUUUUUUACAUAAUCUUGGUAUUAUUUGUAUUUUUUAGGGCUUCAUUUGUUCUGCAUAAUCUAAUGUCGUUCUUCAUGUUUUAGUUAGCCUCAAAUUGAGGAAUUCUUAAUUCUUAGCUUCUAAUUUUAGGUUUGAUUUUUUUUCUCACAAUCUUCUUCUUAAAAGGAACCGCAACUAAUACUUUCGAGUUGUUGGUAAGAUAUUAAGUCCAGAAUUUUUUAAAGCUUGGACACAGAAUGUAAAAGUUACUCUUGCAAGGCUGUGCUGUAAGGAAAAUUGAAGGGAGCCCAGUGCUCUGAAACUGUAAAAUCUAGGGUGCCGAGCAAAUGAUUUGUAUGAAAAAUCUGAGAUUUUCUAGUCGCCCGAGGGCAAAAGUUAGGUGCCAGGGGCCACCGGGCUCUGCUACAGCACAGCCCUGUUCUUGACAUUUUUUCAGGGAGUCGGAUGUAUUGUGCAGGCAUUCUCCAAUUCAGAAGUUGCAGUUAAUGUUUUUUGCUUUUGUAGUAGAUGCCUUGUUUUUAUAGGGUCUCUUUUUAUGGCCGAGAAAAUGUUGUAAUAUAUUUUAUUUAAUUCAUCUAACAUUUCCUAGCUGAAUUAUGCUUUCUUUGCAAAAGUAGUAAGUUGUAAAUACCCUUUUUGUUAGAAAGCAACAGAAUGUAAAUUAAAAACUGAACUGUUUGUGAUUGUUGGCAUUUUUGGACUUAGCAAGCCUCCAUAACUUGCUUGUUGUUAAUUUCAGUAUUUUUUAAACUUGAGAAUUUUUCAACUAGUUAAAUAAUUAAAUAAACAGGCUAAUGAGCAUGAGCAAUGAGCAGCAAUGUGAAAGUAAAUGGGCUGACCUCAGCCCCAAAGCUGUAAAACCCAAAGGUCCCUCUGAAACUAUUAGGGUGCCCCUGAAAUAAUAAGUGAGACUGCUGGCUAGUUGUCUCGAGUUGUUUAGUUGUUUAACUUAGCCUAAAUCUCAUUUUCCCACGUUUAGAAAUUAAAAUAUUGAAAAAAAUAAACAUUAGAAUAUUAUUGGUUUGAGAAUGUUCAGCUUAAUGUCCAAAAAUAUUUUUUAUUAGAAUUUUUAAUGCAUUAUUGGUGGGCAUUGCUCCCCUGUGCAAUGACUGGAGCAUAUAGCUAUAUGUUGUAAAUAUUUCAGUGCAUUUGAAAGGAGCUCUACAUAUUUAUCACAUUUUUUUUAGUUUUUUUAAAUUAUUUAAUCAGUUGUUUAAACAUGUUUGGACAGCAGUCUUAAUUGAUUUUUUUUCACUUCAGUAAGGUUUUCCAAUAUUUCUUUGAUAGCAGAAUCACACCAAUUCUUGCUGAUCAGUGAUGUGUCAAGUGUGGAACAAAGUUCAUUUUCAGCCUAGGUCAAACCAUAAAAUCGCCUGUAAUUUUUCUUUGGCUGGAAUAAACAAUAUCUAAAUCUUUUUGUGAUUGGUCUUCAAUUUGAAGGUUAAUCAUCACUUGUGCUCCUAAGGGGACAAAACGUUUGUGAAAAAAAAAACAAUUUUGUUUUGCAAUUCUCUGUAAAACUAAUAUGUACUGUGCGACAGCUCUUGUGGAGAGGUUUGAUUUGAAUCAAUUCACCACAGAAAUGAGUUUUAUCCAUAAGACUAAAAAACUGAGGACCUGUCUAUACAGGGUGAUAAAAUAGUAUCUUGUUAUAAUACUGAUAAGGCAGUUUCAUUUGAAUGGUCACUCUAUAGGAUUUCAUUCACAGACUCAAAAAGUUAGAACCUAUUUAAAGUACAGCAUAAUAAAUAGUGUCAUGUAAAAGUACCGCUAGAGGUUUCUUUUGGAGGGUCACUCUGUAGAAUUUCUUCAACUGAUUACAGUGUGACUACCACAUAUUGUAUCCGGGGGCACCUUGACAAAGUUGACCAAUCAGAUUACAGAAAAUAAAAAUAAAUUCCGAGAAAGUUAGUUGGCAAUCAUAAUCAGUGCGAAUCAAGUAAGCAUGUCUUCAGGGUGUUGUAGGUAGAGUUUUAAAUAGAAACACAUUGUUUGGUGAAACAUUUUCCUUUCUUGAAAAAUGUUUGCUGUCAAUAUAUUUUAAAUGUUGUGCUUCAAGUAACUUAUUGUCUUUUUACGAACAGCUGAUUGGCCCACACCCAACUUUCUCGGAAUGUAUUGUUAUUUUCCUGUAAUCCGAUUGGUCAACUUUGUCUAAGCAGCCCUGCUUACAGUAGUCACUCAGUAAGACCUUGUUAGUAUGGAGAAAAGUUGUCCUGGGACUGAGGGUAACCCUGCUAGCUGAGUCAACUUUAUGGAGUAGUUAUAUGAGAAAAAAAGUUGAUCCCUUUGCCCAAGUCAACAGCUUGUGUAUGCUCUAAUUGCCUGGACUUGACCAAGUUGGCUCAACAAUGCAGUGUAUGUUACCCUCUUUUGUGUUAAUGGAUGGGCUAUAACAUUUGUCUAAAAUUAUAGACAUUUGCGUUGUUUCUACAAGCAUCUGCUGCUUUCUAGACCUUUGUUGUUUUUUUUUUCAGGGGUGUAUUUAACAAGCAAGGUUAUCAAUGUCAAGGUAGAGUGAGGUGUAUGAACUGAGUAAUGAAUGUAAAAAGAUUCAAAACCUGUCAUUUCCAUUGCUUGCUUAGCUUGCAUCACAGACAUAAUCUAACCCAGGCAAAACUCCGCAAAGCAGUGUUGAGAUCCUUUUUUCUGGGCCAACAAAACACUCAACAAAUUACCAGAAGCUUAUUCAUGAUACCCGCCAUCUUUGCACGUGCUUAAGGACUUAUGGGAUGAAAGCGAUGUUGUGGUUUCUCAGGGGGGCAAACAAGGGAUGACAUCUGCCCCUGGAAGAAAUCGUGGUUGAGUUUGUUUAUUCUACACAACAGGAAAUGAAGACCUUUUUUGUAUGCAGUAGCACCGUAGAUGUCCUCUGGCAAACAGUAAUGACCUAAGUCUUGCCAAAACUUGAUAUGUACAUUUUGCAUGACUAUGAAUUUGUCGUCUUGUUUUGAUAGAAUAAACAAACUCAACCGCGAUUACUUGUAAUUUUGUCACUUGUUUGCCCCCCCGAAAUACAUGUACCACAUGACGUAGCUCUUGUCCCAUCGAUCCUAGAGCACGUGCAAAGAUGGCAGGUAUCAUGAAUAAGGUCUAUUUGAGCACUGUUUUUUUUUAACAGGCCAGCCAAGGUAUGUACUCAAUUUCUGGUACCCUGCUAGGGACACAGAACAAAGAUACUUACAUGUAACCAGAGGCUUAGUUUUGUCCGUGGCGCAGGCUAGUGCUUGCCCUUUUUUAGAGUGGUGAUCUUGUCUUCCUGUAAGGCAGCAUUAGAAGCCUCUAAAGCUGAAACAAAAAUUUGAAAUCUUCAAACAGUGUUCUCCCUAAAUUUUUGCUCAGCAGUUAAGGGACCAUUCUUGACUGGUAAGGCCAAAAAGAUGCACCAGAGGCACACUCUCCUGGCAGGGGUAGGGAGGGGGGGCCUCACAUUCAUGAACGCUUUUAUUUUCGACCGUCCUGUCAACCAAUUGACCGAAAAGUAUUUUAAACACCUCAAAACAAAGAAUUUUAUGAAUAGAGGCUGCCUUUGCCACUGGGGUCAAUUUAAUAACACAAGUCGUGGAAGUUGCGAACCUUUCCUGUUGGUUGAAAAAGUCUAGAAUUGGUAGAGAAUCCUACGAAACAUUGUUAGCCUGCAGUGCUUGGAAAGGUACCAGUCAGCAUUAAAACAGAGUAAUCAGAGACAGUAGCUGUGGUUACUUUAAUACUCUUUGUUGGACACUUCAUAACAGUCCUAACGGUGACUUUAUCAGAGAGCGUUGACUGUAGAUAAACAAAGCGAUUUUUCUCUUUGUGGACUGUUGUUAUUGAUAUGUUUCCUGUUGUUUGGGUUCAUGGACUAGUCAAACCACCAUGACACUUGCCUCAUUAGCAAAAUGAUUUGAAAUCUGCUGUGUACUCAUUGUAAGAUCUACAGUGUAGUCACAGCCCAAAAAAUGAAUGAUUUAAUUGUUAUUCUCUUUGUUGUUGAUAGUUUGUACUUGUGUGGUUCACAAACGAUGCCAUUUGGAGGUAGUGUCUCAGUGUCCAGGGGUGAAACAAGAUUUACAGGAUGUUAUUCCUAAUGAAAAUCAGGUAUUUGUCCCAUAAAUAAAGUAGUAAUAGUCUGUAUCAUGGAUGGAGUUUCAGCUCAUGUUGGGCCUGUCCAGCUAUAAAGAUAUAAAAGAGACUACAGUGCAGUUGAUUGUUGAUCAUUCCAUUAGAUAUUCCUACUACUACUACUAUCACCACCACUACCACUACCACUUCCAGCAGUAGUGGUAGUGGUAGUGGUUGUAAUAUCCAAUGGUAUGAUCAACAAUCUACCACCACUGUUGCAAUGGCACAGUCACUGUUGCCACCGCCUCCUUCUGCUGCAGCCAAGAUGACUUUUGGAUAUAUUAUGUCAAACAUCACAGCCCAUCAGCACUGUGCUAAGGUUGUCAAAAGGAAUAAGAGUGUCCUUACUGAUCACUUUUGUUUAUGAUAGAGUUCUUGUUCCUUAUUUUGGUUAUGGCAGUCUCCACAACAAAAGAUCAAAUUAAAAAACAAUGACAAUAUAAUCUAACUUGAUUGGAUGUUUGUCCACUGUAACUGACUGCUUAUACAGGUUUGACUGUGUCUUUAAAGAAAGGAUAAUGUUUAAAAGUGUUUUAAAAUGCCUGAAAUGUAGGACUAUGUAGACUGUCCAAUUGUGUUGUUAUUGCAGAAUGCAUUUGGAAGAUCAAGCACAGGCUCACUGCGUUUCAAACUCAACAUGCCCCACAGAUUCUCAGAACACAAUUAUAAGAGACCAACCUUUUGCGACCAUUGCGGCUCUCUCCUCUAUGGCCUUUUGAAACAAGGGAUGCAGUGCUCAGGUUUGUAAAAUCACCAAAUGUCUUUUUUUUUUUUUCAAUAUAUUUAUUGAUAAUCACAUUAAAUAAUUACAUUUACAAUACUACAGAAAAAAAAAACACUUUAACAAUAGACAUUAACAGAGUAAAGCAAAAUUAAUUGUUAAAUUAUUACAGGGCUAAAAGAGAUUAUAAAAAGGUACAACAGGGCAAUGAAAUGAUACGGAGUUAACACAGUUAUCUUAAAUAAGGCGUCAGUAUCCACUUUCUUUUAAAGAAUUCUUUGUUGCUGAUUUUUUCUUCUGUUUCAUAUUUAGCUAUGAUCUUGGCCCUAAAUCCAUAAAUGUUUGGAAGGAUUUGUUUGGUCCUACAGUCCCACAAAUAGAGUUUUCCAAUAAUUUUCUCAAACUCAUUAAUAAUUCAUAAAGAAAAUACAAAGAAAAUUAAUGUUUAAUGAGUGUUUGGAAAUCGGAUGAAAAACUGCUCAGUAUUUGCAUCCUUAAUUUCUCCUUCAAAAAUGAUUUUGUUUGAGAAGAAAUAUCAAACAUUCGACACAGUGUUUCAUCACCAGAUAAAACACCUCGAAGUUCGUCAAAAAUACUCCGCUGCGCGUUGUAUUUUCAACUCUCUUCUCGGUGUUUCAUCUGGUGAUGAAACACUGCGUCUCAUGUUUGAUAUAUUACAUAAAAUAGUUCAGCAAAAAAAAAUCACCAGAUGUUGUUUUAGCAAUUUGAAAGGCUAGUGAAGUUAAGUACUUUCACUGCUAUCAUUCUGUUUUGGUGUAACUUGACUAUUUCAUCGUAAAGCAUGCAUAUAUAUAUAUAAUUGUAUAAUUAUGGGGCCUUAAAAAGGCUCUUUUAGUAGGCAGACCAGCUCCCAUGAGACUGUAAAGAAUGUGAGUCAAGGUGGCAGUUAAUAAAAGCAAUUUUGACAAAUUCUUUUGGGUUGUGAAGCUUUGUGUACAAGCUCUGUGUAUGGGACAAAAGAACAAUAAAGUCCCCACAAGUUCCAUGUACUUUUAACCUACCCACAAUUAUAAAAAAUUAAUAAAACAAAAUAAAUUGAUCUACCUCUCAGGGGUUUCAAUAAGCACCGACGACCGACGAAACAUGUUGGUUAUUUUGCUCAGAAAAGUCGGCUACUUUUCUCCCUGAAAGAAGAAGCAACUAGUGCUUACGAUGUCGUUAACAAAAGACAUAUCAUAAAAUCUGAAUGAAAAUGUAAAGGCCUACUGGUUUUGAGUUAUGCAAAUGCUGUAUUUCAGUCAAUUCUUCACUCAUUUCUUUGGAGGUUUCAACAGAAUUUGUUCUCAUUCAAAUGUGUCUUUGUUCAUUGCUUGUAAGUUGUGUGGUUGAUUGGAAUUGGAACCUGAAUGAAAGGUACAUUUUCUUGAACAAAAAACACACUCUUUUGUACUCAAUUUAAUCCCCAGAAGGCUGGAAAUCGCAUUAGUUAGGGUUUGAAAUUUCAAAAUUUUCUGGAGGAGCAUUCCCCCAGACCCCCCUAGAGGUAUGGGAUUAACAGUCCCUUGUUGAUACAGUUGGGUAUUCUAUUGAAACCUGCUAAGCUAUCUUUAGUAACAACAACAAAAAAUAGUAAGCAAAAAGUGAAUAAAUAACUAUGUAAUCACAGUAAAAAUUAUUGGAAGCAGACUCCAGUGGUCUUAUAAGUGAACGUUUUAGCCGACUAUCCCCUAAUCUUGGAACCAAGACAUUUUCUCAUUGAUAUCACUUGAGAAAAUUAAGCUUAUUUUAUGCAUGUUUCAGCUUGCAAGAUGAACGUUCACAAGAGAUGUCACAGGAAUGUUGCCAAUAACUGUGGUAUUAAUGCCAAAGAGAUGGCGCAGCGUUUAAAAGACAUGGGACUCACUGGAAACAUACUGUCAGAAUCAAUGAGGGUGAAAAAGGUUGGUGGUGUAGAUUUCUUUGUCUGGUGACCUUGGAACUGAAAUGACACUUUUGUCAUUUUUAGAGAUAAAAGGUUAAGAGAAUGCUUAAGCUAAAGUUAAAUGAUAAGGUUUUCAAAAUGUCAUCGUCUGGAAAUUAAUGUAUCAAACCAUGCAUAACAGCAUGCAUACUCUGUGCACUGUUUUGCAUAUGUUAUGGGUCAAAAUUAAAUUCAGGUUAAAAUUUUUUAACCCAGCUUAAUUCUCAUUUUCCUUUGUCUCCUGGCCCUUAUUAUUCUUCAUAUUUAGGACACAAGAAGGAGGCCAUGGUCCCAGGUGUUCCUAGUGGAGUGGAAGGCACCCCUGUUUUAUAUGGGUGACCAUGAUAAUUUCCUUUGUUCACUAUAUUUGCAGGAGAAAUAAGAUGCUUUUUGCUCUUAAGAGUUAUAUGGUCAAGCCAUACUUGUAAUGCUUUAUAAUGGAAAACUUGUGGACUCAGUACCAAUUUUUCUGUUCUUUCUUGUGGGCUCUAUCAUUCGAUUGUACAUCCAAUAUUUGGAGUCAUUAACAUGCCCUUUAGUUGAUCAUGAUUUUCUUUGUUUAUUUUACAGCCCUCAAUUGAGUAUAAUGGAACAAACAUAAAACAUGAUAAAAGAAAGGAAAACCACCUUGAACCACUUCCAAUAACACCUAAUGACCUGGAGACAUCACCUGGAAUGAGACGACGGCAAAAGAAGUUUGGAUUGUCAGAUUUCAAUUUUAUUAAGGUGCUUGGAAAAGGCAGCUUUGGUAAGGUAAGUGUCUGUUUGGUGUAGUCAUGAGCAGCUUUGCCACAAAUCGACCUCUCAAAAGUUCUUAAAAGCAAGCAAAGAGAACGUCAAUGAGGAAAAGUGAGCGAAGAGAUCGUGCAAUGACUGAGUGAGUCGUGAGGUAGACUUGUUUUGCCUGAAUGGAAUUGAAUCAUAGUAUAAAUUCAUGCAAGAAAAAAAUGAUUGGCAAAUGCUGAUGCGGGGACUGGCAUCAAAAUAUCUAUCACUCUCUUAUUGGUCAAUUGUCCUGAUGUCACCAGUGGGAUUUUUGAAUGGUGAAUUUUGCGCAAAACAGGUAUGAAAAGUGCUUUAAAAUGGCAUAACCAACCUGGAAAAAAUAGGGUCAUGCUCAGAUGUUACUACCAGAGAUCUCAGUUAAAACUUUCCUUGCAAUUCUAUCUCUCUUUCCAUAGCUUUCAUUGCUUUUAUGGGACCGUUGGUCUUUCUUUACCGUCAAGCCUGUAUUACACCCUUAGGGAAUGGCUAACUGACCACUUAAUGAAGGUCUGUCAAACCUAAGAGUAUACAGCUAUUUUGAGAAAGGUUGUCAGAAAAACAGGGCACGCGACAAUCCCGAAGGGUAAUAUGGGAUACGAUCAAUACACUGUUCCUGACAUUGUAGCUGUCAAAAAUACUUUUGUUGCUUUCCUUUAGCACUCACAAACAUACUUCCAUGGCCUCUUCUGCCAUUCUUUCAAAUUUCGUUGAAGAACUGUGAACUUAGUACUACUCACAAUACCUUUUGGCAUUGUCACGUGCACUUUUUCCGACAACCUUUCUUGAAAUAGCUAUAUCAUGAAAGCAAAGAUGGUGACAGCAAAAUGUCCAUCACACAGCUAAUUUGUAAUCAUUCCUUAUACAUUAUUUUUGUUUGUCAGGUUCUGCUAGCAGAAAGAAAAGGUGCUGACGACAUUUUUGCAGUAAAGAUCUUGAAGAAAGAAACUGUUCUACAGGAUGAUGAUGUAGAGUGUACAAUGAUUGAGAGACGAGUGUUAACUGUGUCUGCAGGACAUCCUUAUCUUACAGCUUUAUAUUGCAGCUUUCAAACAGAGGUGAUUGUUGUCUCUUUGUUUCAGUGUUGCUUUAUGCAAUUUAGGCUAAGUUUAGAGCUCAUAUCUGCACUGGCUAUGAGUAUCUUUCAGUUUUAUUACAGGCUAACCGGGCUAACUGGAUGAUGUUUAUGGGGACAUUUUUGCAUAACAUAUUUACUUGAAUAAGCGCUGCAUUUGAAACAACAAAAAUUUAAUAAGCAUGGCCCCUGAAUAAGCGCUGCAGCCCCUAUAUAACAAAAAUCAAUAGUCAUUAAUUUUGUCAGUUUAAUACAGGUAACAAUACGGUAAUACUGUAGUUAAAACAAUUCCUUGUCACAUCCAACUUUCAAAUGAACGUCACCCUCAAAUAAGCGCCAUCCUGGAAUAAGUACCACAUUUGAGGUGUGAAAAAUAGAAUAAGUGUCACAGCGCUUAUUGGAACAAAUACAGUAAGCUGUGUAUAGUAACUGGUUCAUGUUUGCUGGCCUUCUGAUUCCUUUCCCCUCCCUACCCCUCCCUCCCACCUGUAACAGGGUAGAGACAAAUGCCAACAGAGUUAACUUUUUAAGCCCUAAGAGUGAUCAGUGUGGACUUUCUCCUUAUAAUAUCAAUGCUUUGAUGAGCCCUGGGCUUGUACAACUUUGUAAGGGUGGGGGGUUUAUAACCAGAUGUAUUUUGUUGUUUACAGGUAGAUGGGUCUAUAAAUGACAGCGGGGGGGGGGGGGCUUAUAAUCAGAAGUUUACAGUAUCCAUGUUUUGUUGUCCCUUCAGGAUCGGCUCUUUCUUGUUAUGGAAUAUGUCAAUGGUGGCGAUUUGAUGUUCCAAAUUCAAAAAGCAAGAAAGUUUGAUGAAAAGCGCUCUAGGUGUGUGUAAUGAUUCUUUGAUCCCAUCAUCCCAGCCUUAUGUCCUGAGGUCAUAAAAGAACUUUUUUGGUGGUUUUUGGAGGCAUAGCAUUAAAAACUUUUUCAAGUUUUAAUCUAUGUCCAUCCUUGCCAUCCCUAACAACAGACAACAGCAAAUAGUGUCAGUUCCUAAAUAUAGUCUUAAACAACGAAACUGGACCAUUAUUUUUGGAACUCAAGUGAUCAAAAAAUAGCGUGAUAUAGCCCCUUUAAGUCAUUAUCAAUUCUAUAUCCUUAGGUUUUAUGCUGCAGAAGUUGUUCUGGCUCUCCGGUACCUACACCAGCAUGGUGUUAUUUAUAGGUAAGCAAGGUAGCAGCUACAGUGUGGUUCACACAAGCAACAUAGUACCACAUGAGAAGCUUAUGUUGGUAGUGUGAACACUGCUGCCUCAACACUAUGGGUAACUCAAGAGUUGAUUCUUGUCAAUACGCUGCCAAUAAAGGCCUCAAUGAAAACAAAAGUACAGUAGAACCUCAGUAACUCGAACUCGGAAAGGGAAAUAAAAACUGUUCGAGUUAUCGGGAAAUUAGAGUUAUUGGGGUAAAUUUCAGUGAAAUUUUGAUCAAAGGAAAGGAAAUUUAGUUUGAGUUAGCGGGGAAUUCGAGUUAUCUGAGUUCGAGUUAUUGAGUUUCUACUGUAAUUGACAAAAAACAUGUUUCCCGUCUUUUCAAAACAGAGUCGGUGUAGAAACACUGAACAAGUAACCAGAUUAUUUUGAUUUACACUUAUUCAUACAAUUUUCACUAAGUUAUUUUAUUUCUAAGGAAAGAAAUAGAAAAAAGUUAGUCCAUGUUAGUAGUGGACUGCUUUUGUUAGAGCAUCAUCCACACAAACAGUACCAUUUAUGUCUGACCCUUCUUCGAAGGUAGACUGUGAGUGGUCGUCCUUCUUUCCUCAGAGCCACGCAUGGGGAGCGAAAAAGUAAAGCUAUGCAUAUUAAUGGGGUUUGUUACUCACCCCUCACUCAUGCUCUUGAUCUACAUGGUAUACUGUGAUUCAAAAGGAAAAUAAGAGACUGCUCACAGUCUACCUCCAAGGAAGCUCUCAUGUAAGAGGUUGUGCCAUGGUAGACUAGGUUUGAUAAAUUUUUUUGAUGCCCUGACAGCCUUCUAGUAAGUAAGGGAUAGAUACAGUCCCUCAUUUUUUCUCUUCCCUCUACAUGUCACCUUCCUAGUUGGUGGCAAUUUUCACACCCACUCAUGUUUUGUGCUCUAAUUUCCCUGAGGAAAAUGAGUGGUCUCCUGACCUUGUAAUCUACCUGAGAAGUGAGGGGUCAAGAUCCUUUGUAGCUCCCUUGCACAUGGGCUCUGAUUCUUGCAGUUUCCAAAUAGACGGCUUGCUUGCAGGAUCCUCUUAUUGGUGAUUUGUUUAUGUCUUGUCCAAAAGAAGUUACUCACACUUGUUGUUUUAGGCACAUAACACCACAAUGACAUAUAAAGGACAGCAUAUUAAAAACAUAAAUCGGUUUUUCCUUCAGUUUGUCAUCUAACCAUGGAUUUGAUUUAUCCAACAGGGAUUUAAAAUUAGAUAAUGUACUUUUAGACAAAGAUGGACAUAUCAAGUUGGCAGAUUUUGGAAUGUGUAAAGAAGGGAUGACACCCGGAGGCUAUACAAACACGUUUUGUGGAACACCAGACUACAUUGCUCCUGAGGUAGGAAAUAAAGAGCAGCUGUGGUCAGUAGGGCAGUAGGUCCUCUCCUGAUUAUUUUAAACCAUUUGAUUCAAAAUUCUUUGGAUUUUACGAAACUAUGACAGCGACGGCAAUCGGAACGUAAAAAGAAAAACAACAACAAAAAAACAAAACAGUAAAUUAAAUGAGCAAAACAAGAACCCUGCUUGCUUUUUUGUAGAUUUCUUUUCCAUCCCUGCACAACUACGAUGUUGAAUGGCCAAAUUUUGAGAACGGGAGAGGCAAGGCAUUAAACAUUCUGCCACCUCUGUCUGAACUCGGGCGCAGUCCCCUCUCUUUAGCUCCAACCUAAAUUCCUUCCUCUUUAUGCGACUUGGCUUAAUCGUGAAAAAGUUUGAAAGGAUGCAAAAUCUCUUUUAAACUGUCCUUUUCUUAGACAUCACCUUUCUCGGAUCAUAAGGUCCCUAAUUUUAUGUGGCCCUGAAAUAACAUGCAAAUGUUCUUCAAUUACUGUGUGGUUCCAGAAAAGUAAAAAAAAAAAUUCACACUCCCCCCUCCCUCCACAAAGGGUUUUUUGGUUUGAACCCCUCUAUCCAGUGUUUCCUGGAAGCUUUAGUGACUGUUGGAAAUCUUUGUGUGGUUGUCAUGGAAGCACUGGCAACUGAAAGAAUAUUGUUUUGUAAAUGUUUCAAAGCACUGAAAGUAAAAAGAAACAUUGUGGGAAAACAAAGAUGGCAUUUUGAUUCUUUAUUUCCCUUGGUCACUCAAAAUGCCCUAAAAUGAAAAUUGAUUUUUUCUUGGGGAGGCCAUUGUUUUUGAUAGGUAGAACUUCAUGUGCGACCAUAAUCAGAUGUGUAAUUAACGGUAAGCUUAUCAUGACUAUAGUAACUCCAGCUGUAGUGUAGUCAUUAUUGACAAUAUAUUUCAGAUUCUUCAAGAAAAACCCUACGGCUUCUCUGUGGACUGGUGGGCGCUAGGAGUUCUUAUGUAUGAGAUGAUGGCAGGACAGGUUAGUUGAGACUCACAGGAAACUCUGUCUCCAGUGUCUGUGGGCACACACACGUGACCUUUCUCUAACUGUUGUUGUAAAAUUUUAUUUCUCUCUCGCAACACGUGGCUUUCGCUGACCCUUCUCGCGUUUUUUUCUUGUAGUUUUCGUUCUUUCCUUAGAAACAAGGCGGCUAUGAGGCAAAAGCAGCUUUCGUCCCAAGCUGCUUCUUGCACCUCCUCUUGUAGACGUUCAAUUUCUCAAUAAAAUGUACUCAAAAAUACAAAAUGCACCGUUUGAAGAAUGUCAAAAGAUGACCAGAUAUUCUGAUAUGAUGAAUGUCUGUCCGAUCCAGAGUUCUUGAAGCCGGAACUUGUAACCGCCCUAAUUGUUUUGCUUUUUAUAGCCCCCUUUUGAAGCUGACAAUGAAGAUGACCUGUUUGAGUCUAUUAAGCAUGAUGAUGUGCUUUAUCCUGUUUGGCUUACCAAGGAAGCUGUCUCCAUACUGAAAGGGGUAAGAAUGUAAAUAUAAUCAUAUAAGUAUUAAACUAGUUCAUGCUACUUUUCUACAACAAUGCUGUUCUCAUGCACAGUUCAGUUCCUGUCUUUUAGGAGACGUUUUACUGUGUAAGAUGUUGUAGACACUUCAGAAAUGGUAAUUUAGGUUGAAAUUUUUUUACCUAGUUUGAUUGGCCAUUUUCCAUUUAAUUUUGACCUACAACAUGAUGUUGUUAAUACCCUGGGUGCCAGAGACUUUUCAUGCGCGGUUUCCGGUUUCGGUCUAGUCUUAAAAGACUUCGCUGCUCAUGUCUUCGGCCUUCGGCCGACGAAACGAAGCUCCCCGUCGCACGCGAGAAAAAACCUCUGGUACCCAGGGUAGGUUGUUGGUGGUUCGCUGGGUACCUUACGGACGUUGCUCGAGCUACACAAGAGUUGAAAUUAUCAUCCUGAAGCUUUAAAUAAUUUUUUUUCUACCCCCGCUCCCCCCCCCCUUUUAUACAGAGCAGUAUGUACUGUCAUUGACAUGAAAUUUGUGUUUUUGUACUACAGUUCAUGACGAAAAACUGCCAGAAAAGGCUUGGCUGCACAGCUAGUGGAGAGCAAAGCAUUCUGGAUCAUCCAUUCUUUAGAGAAAUCGACUGGGAAAGAUUAGAAGCAAGACAAGUUACACCUCCAUUUAAACCAAGAAUAGUAAGUAGUAAAAUAUGACCUAUAGUACGAUCAUUUUCCCACUGAGUUGUAGCAGACGGGUUAAAAUCCUUCUUGGAGAUAAUUCUUAUCAUAGAACAAGUUGCAAAGCGACAUAAAAACAUAAACCGUACUCAAUAUUCUUCAGGCCCCAGUUGUUGAAAAGGCGGAUAGCGGUAUCCACUGGAUCAAUCUCUUUCCAGUGGAUAACGCAAUUGAUUUUUCUAAUAAUCAUAACUAUAACAAAAAUCGUCAAAUCUGAUUGGCUAUCAACUGCCCUGAUUUCAGCCUUAAUUGAACAGUUUAGGAGGACAGUAUGCGUCAUGCCUAAGUAAUUGGACAGUACGCGCCAUCACGCGCGCGCUUAAAUGGCUUUUUUUUUUCACGGCUAGCAAAACAAAAUUUCGAAUUUCUUGUGUUUUGAUUAAAAAAAAUAGCCUAUUGUAUUCUGUUACCAAUUAUGAUUAAUUGGUAACAGAACUUCGUGUCGUCCAAUUCGGUUUGUAAUCAUACUCGUGAUUAAACAAAUCGGACUCCCGCUACGCGGUCGUCCUAUUUUUUUAAUCACUCGUAUGAUUACAAACCGAAUUGGACUCCACUCAGUCCUGUUACCAUUACUAAUUAUCCAAAAGAUAGUGUUUUAUUUGCUGGAUAGCGCUAUCCAUCGUUUGAACAACUAGAACCAGUGGAUAAUAGUUUUAGGAGAACCUCUCUUUACGAACGCCCUGUUUAUUGUCCAUUUUGAAACAGAGCCUGAGCCCGAGGCUGGGUUGCUGUUGUGGCAUUUAUUUGUGCCGAAUUGCACCAUGGGAGUUUUGGGGUCGCUGUCUUUUUUUUCUGGCUGUUACAAAGUUGCGCGGGAAACUGUGUCAGAAAUUGCAGCUUUCGUUACAUAAAACCUCGAAGGAAUGUGCAAUUGAACACAACACCGACCCAGUCUCCCGUGUGGCCCCAAAAUGGUUAACACCACCGCGUUUUGUCGUCCCAGGCGUGAAAAAACACUCCUGCCUGGCUAGUCGUUGUAACGGGGUUUCCUAGCAACGUUGCGCGACACGUUGCGUAACAACACAAACACAGAAGUGUCGAACUCAUCGCACAGUUCUUCAAUACUGUGUCUAAUGUUAAAAAAAAAAAAAGGGAAAAAGGAAAAAAACGCAGUGGCCAGUCACGUGGCCUCCUUACAACGCCGAGGGGUGCGAGGGGGCAACACUUUAACUGGCUUCCUCGCGAAAAAGAGAUUUGUGCGUUGCGUGUAAGCUUGUAAAGACCUGAGUUGCAGCUUUCGUUACAUAAAACCUCGAAGGAAUGUUAACUUCUCUGUCUGUUUCUCAACUUCUUGCUUCUAUUAUUUUGCCUGAAAUAUUUUUUGACUCCCGACUUUGAAUUAUGAAACACUUAGCGUUUCUAGUUUUGUUCUACGCUAAAAUUGCUAGUAUUGCACUUACAGUUUACAUUGUCGGUCACUCUGACUAACCUAUGUUCCUAAGUGAGACUGGUUAAUAUCUCUACAAUUUACAUUAAACCAUCAGUCAUUUCAGGAUCCAUGAUGCAAUUCUCUGACUACUGUUUGUCUGGUUUCAUUUUCUGUACACUUUGCGGUCUUAUCUCCCCCAGUGAUUGGCGUCGUGUCCUCUAAUCCGUGAGCUGUGUUGUCAAUCUCUUCCGCUAAGCUUGUGUACUCCGUAGCGCUCUGUUUAUAUUUGUCAUUUUUCUCUCCCUCUGUGUUCACGGCACGCUCUAUCUCUUGCUGUACUCCUUUCAUAGUUUCCGUCGAUGAACGCGCAGAUUUAAGCGCCUCGAAACUCUGGUCCAAAAUUAAACAUCUAUGGGAUGGAACACAUUCAGCAUCUUCCGGGUUAAGCGAUGUACCAUCCUGUGUGCUGAAUCUCCUGUUCAUUGGAUUGCCGUCCAGGAUACCAUAUCUUCUAUUUUUAUUCGUAGUGAAUAGCCGCUGAUUUUUUCACGGGUAAUAAUACAGCGUCUUUAUUUUGUUUUACCGCUUGUCCCAGCUCUGUGCGCGAGAGGUAUUGUUACGUCACGUUAGUAAUUUGGUUUAUUGCGUAAUAUAGUUUUCGCUUUUUGGCGCGUAUCUUCUUGCCUAGUUUGAGUUAACCUGGUGCCCGAGGCUUUUUUUGCGCGAUUUUCGGUUCUCGUAUGAUCUUUAUUAUUUAUGCAACAAGAAGUUUUUCUUCUGCCGGACUGAACCGCCCGAUCCCAAGUUCUCAUGCCAGCUGUGAGGCUCUCAUGUCCUGAAUUAUCCUAGUUUCUGUAGCGCGAAUUACCCUUUGGAUGGGAUGUCAGUCCAUCGCGGGGAUACCCCCAGGGCUAUUUUUCCGUUACCCAUUCAUACGCCGGGGCUGUCGAAAGACAAAUUAAAGCGAAGCAAAGUUUCUUGGCUUAGGGAACUACGGAACUGCAAGGUCUGAACCGGGACCUACAAACCUGAAGUUCGUGUGCUGACCGCUUGGCCAUCGCGCCAGCAUUACAAAGCGAAAAGAAAGGGUGCUAACUACCCUGCCCGAUUUUAGUUGCUUUGCUUUUGGCAAAAGACAGAGAGAAGAAAAUCGCACUUUAUUUGAUUCUCAUUGUGAGGACACUAUUUUAACCCUUUAAACCCUAAGAGUGAUCAGUAUCAAUUUCUCCUUGUAAUAGCAAUGCCUUGUAAAACAGAGUGGUCCUGAGAAUUAUGGACAUGAUCACACAAGAUGUAUUUUCUUGAUAUUUUAUCAACUUCUCCCCACUACUUCUAUAGUAAAUGAAUAAGGGCGGCAAAGGAGAAUUUUAAUUUUGAUCCUAGGGUUUAAAAGGUUAAAGUCCCCCACAGGAGGCGGGACCGCCAAUUUACGUAGCCACUCGAACGUCCAUCCGCUUGCAAGAACAAAGCUCCGCAGUACUUUCAUUUCUCAGUUAUUGCAUGUUUGCACGUGACGUCACGGCGGCCAUGUUGGUGCUCAAGAAUAAGAGCAUUUCUCUCCUCUGGGAACUAAACUCUAUUUUCAUGUAAAUUCUUGGAGAAAAAUGCUAUUGUUUUGACCCCCAACAUGGCCGCCUUGUUACGUGGUUGCAAGCCAAGAAUUGGUACGGCUCUGGGGAUCGAACCUACGACCUCUCGCUCUGCAAUCAGCCGUUUACAGACUGAGCCAGUUUUUUGUUGUUGUUUUAAAUUUUCUCUCUUUUUCCCACAGCGAUCAAAAACAGACGUUGGGAACUUCGACACUGAUUUCACAAGGGAGCAGCCAAAGCUGACACCGACGGAGAAGAAUAUAAUCGCAAACAUAAACCAGGAAGAAUUUAAGGACUUUUCUUUCGUCAACACGCAAUUUGUGAGCGAUAACUAUGUUUAAUAAUACUUAUUAACUGCUAAAUUUACAUUGUAAAUAGGUGAACAAAAAACAGCAAGAGAUGAAGAAAAUUUUAUUGCAGAAUGAGAAUUUUAUCUUUUUAGAACGUGAUCAACCGUGUAUUUUUAGACUUUUAAUAGCCGUGAUCUUAAUGCAAAAAUGUCGCGACUGUUAAGUGUUUUUAGCUUUCUUGUGUUGUGCUUUAAGACAUGACUGCAUCUUGGGGUGUGGGGGGGAUGGGUGGUCUCCUUAGAGUACGUUUUAUUUUGGGCAGUCACGCAAGGCCGCUUUUGUAGCCUUGCGUGACGGCCUGGGAGACUGUCUGUUUCGGGUUGUAGCGUCGCGUGAUAACCCAAAGAUAAUAGAUAGUUUAAGCAACGACGAUGGUGACGGCCACGAAAACUUCACCUAAGAAUUAAUUUCUCGCUGUUUCAAACUUGCCCGCGCUUGUUUCAUCUAGUUCACAUGGUCAAAUGUUGGCGAAUUUUUCUGGAGUUAAAUUAUAAAGGACAUCCUCCCUAAAACGUGAAGGUAGGAAGUUUGACGUUAUAGUCGUGCAACGACGGCAAAGAAAUGUACAAAAAGGCGUGAUGCAUGUGCAGAGUUGUUGUUUUGCUAAUCUUAGGCCCCGUCCACACGUAUACGUUUUUGACUGAAAACGGAAAUUUUUUUCCUCCGGUUUGGCCCACCGUCGACACGUAUCCGGUGAAAACGGUCACGGAAAAAACGCAUCUUUUCAAAGACGCCCUUCAGAGUCUUUAAUCUUUAAUUGUGAUAAUUGCCAUUAGUAUACUAAUCUGGCAAUGGCUGGUCAACGGCUAGCUAAACAAAUACAACUUACAUUGCACUAAAUAAACUGUGGACCAGAAUAGCAAAUUACACAAGCAGCUGACAAGAACAGAGAGCUAAUAAAAUAACACUAAUUAAGCACAAUACUAGCUUUGAAAAGGUUGAGAGAUGACGCAUGCACCGCUGAAAAAGGAAGACCAUUCCAGACCGGGAUUGUUCUAGGGAAGAACGAAUAUUUAUAUGCAUUUACUGAAGCUGAUAGGGGCAUAAAUGUACAGUCAUGUGAAAGUGGAGAUUUUUAAAAACGCCGGACUUUCGUUUAUUUGUGGACGGACGAAAACGGAAUUUUUCUAAUACGUCAUGACGUCAUGCAUCAUGUACUAAUAGCACCAUGCAUGCUCUGUGAGGGAUGCUAUCGUACUUCCAUCGUUUUGUGGACUGGCGAAAACGAUUCGAGUACGCUACUUGUGGACGCGUAUUUUUUCGCAAACGGAAGGGAAAAAAAUUUCCGGUUUCAAAGGACGGGGCCUUAAGCUAUUGCUUUUUUGCCGUUUUCGUUGCCGUGAGCGUCGUCGUUGGUUAAGCUCCCUCAUACGCUUGGAGAGUUCCCCAAAUCGGACGAAUGUAGUUGACACUGAAAUGCGAUGUGUUUCUUACUUAAAAGCGAAGUCAGACUUCAGUUCAAGUAAAUACCAUCUGAUUUUAUGAAAAACGGAAAGAAUUUUAAAUUUCGGAAAAUUUUGGAUCUACAAAUUAUUCCUUUUUUCACACAUCGAUACACAGCUACUUAUCAAAAGCAAAAAUUUGUAUAAACCCGACGCUCUGCCAACUUUAAUAAUUUAGUUGUAAGGUUAGAAUUUCCUCGCCUAGUCGAUCUCUCACUGUAACCUCCUUAGGUUUAGCAGGCGCAAUGGGAGAGAUUAAGAGUUACGUUUAUGACAAACGGCAAACGUCAGAGUGAAGUUGAGAAUUUCUCAGAAUAGAAAACAAGCAGAUGAAAACUAUCCAGAACAGUUCUUAUGGAUAAAACUGGCGUGAAACUACGUAUUUUUGAGUAGAUACAAUAAACAGUAAACGGCAAUUAAGGGGAAAACUUGGUCACGUAGUACAAAUUCACGUUUGCCGUGUGGCGUAAACGUGAUUCUAAAUUACUCUAUUAAGAGUAACGUUUACGGCAUACGGCAGUUGUCAGAUUCAAGUUGAGAAUUUCUCAAAAUAGAAAAUGAGCAGAUAAACACAGUUCAAUACAAUUCUUAUGGAUAAAAGUAGCGUGCAACUACUUAUUUGUGUGUAGAACAGUAAACGACAAGUAAAUGAGAAACUUGGUCACGUGGUACAGAUCCGCGUUUGCCGUUUGACGUAAACGUGACGCUUAGCCUCUCUGAUGACUCUCUGCCGUGACUCUCUCUCAAUCUCUCUGUUGUUAGAGGCGUUUGAAGACAUCCAAAUCUGAUUACUUUUUAGGUAGGGAGAUGUUAAAUUUAGGUAGAGACACGAGGAACUUUUGCCAUUUUACACAAACUAUCUCGCUGAAAAUCUACUGCAUAAUCAUUCAACGUUUAAGAAACACCUAGUAGACGAAGUGUCCGCUAUAACGGUGUAGCUAACAAAUGCAUAGCCACAAACGAUAUCUAUGUUUCUGUUAGAUUCCAAAACGGAAUGGCGCGAUCGAUUUGAUUUUCCAAUCGCAAUUUCCCUGUGUAAAUGGAGAGUAUCCCAAGUCUUUGAGGAAAGAGGGUUUUUCGGGAUUGACUCUUUCUUGUGCAAGAAAAAGGAAAAAUUGCACGCAUUGGUCGACUUUUUGAGUUGGGAUCAGUUUUGUUACAUGUAUCUACCAGGUUUGGUUCAGAUGCCGAUACUAAUGAACAUUAUUGUUAUUUAUUAGACAAUAUACUGUGAUAUAUAUUUCGACUAAUUCUUUCGUCUCUAAAAGAAAGUCUUAACGGUAACCUUGUGGCCUUUGUUAGUUAAAUACAUUUUUUUUUACCUUAAAGUGGCACUGUCACGAGUCAAAAAUCAAAGAUGUCCAUCGUUUACAACAAUAAAAACGUUACUAAGACGUUUGUGUUUUGGUUGGAAACGCUUAAUAAGUGAAAUGGACUAUCAACAGUUUUUUUUCGCCACAAACAGAAUAUUAUGCUCUUUUACUUCGAGCUGUGACAUCAUAUCUUCGACAAGGUGUCGAAAUUUAAACUUCUUUUUGCUUUUUCCUUUGAUUCACUUGAAAACUAUCCCUUUGUUCAAGUACUCGCUUAUAAUUUUAAUAACCUUAGGAGACGAAUUCCCGUGUCAUUGCCCUCAUAAAGUUUUUGGAAUACAUACUUAAACUCAGAUAUCGAAACAAAGUUUAAUUAGAUAAAUUUGUUACCCUAUUUGUUUAUAUCUUUGUACUCGAGUUUCUAGUGGUAAAAGCAAAUUAACCCAUUGACGAUUAAAAAGUAAAUCUAUAUAACAGUGGGCUUUCUGACGAUUGUCGAAAGUUUGCUGUUAUAAAUUAUGUAGUUAGUCGAAAAAAUGUGCGCCGACUUUAAUUAUCAAUAAACAUUUUGCUUUUGACCAGUCUGAAGUAGUAGAAUUUACUAUUGUUACUGUUGUUGUUGUUGUUUAUUUUGUGCACGACGAAUGAUCACAAUGGAUGCCCCUUUUGCAAGGCCUUGUCCACACUGAUACGUUUUUCAGAAGUAUGCGUUUUCGUUGUCAUCGAAGUGCAUCGAUCGUUCGCGUACGUGCUACCGUUUUGAUAUGUUUUCGACUGUCCACACGUCAAACGUUCGAAAACGAUAGAAUUGCACGUUGUGACGCAAGUUGAACUCUGUGCAAAUACUACAAUAAGCGAUAUUUUCGGUCGUCGUUUUUAUUUUGACGCGUUUUCGACCGGUUUCGACCGUCCACCAAUACGAUAUGUAUGCGUUUUCGUUUUGAUCCACUUUCAAGAGCGUUUUUGAAUCGAUGCGUUUUGAAUGAAAACGCUGAGUGUGUUAAUCUGGACGGAAGGCUGAACGCGUGUAUGCGUUUUCAAACGAGAAGGCGUUAAUGUUUACGGGGCCUAAGUCAGUCUCAUGCGGGAGUAAUUCGCAAAUCUCUGCUAAAUGACGUCGAAAUGUCUGCAGAUAUUCAGGGCAUUGGAACUGUAUGGCAAAGUGAAGAGCCAAUAAACGAAAAGUAAGCCAGUUUGCAAUUUUGGCUCCGAGGUACAAUGAGGGGAAUAAAACAGAAGAAAUCGCAUUGAGAUUUCGCGGAUUUCGAUUAAUAAUUAAUUUCUUUUGUUUAUUCCCCUAUGCCAAGAAUAUACGUUUCUGAGAAACUGCCCACCUACCCCUCCCCUAAGCCAAC